UAGGGUUUUUAAGAUUAGGUUUAGCCUUACUCUUACUUCUCUGCCGCUUAGGCUAGGGUUUCUCUCACUUUCACUUUCUCUUUCUCUUUCUUUGCUUCAGAAAUUUAUUUUCUUUAGAUCGAAUCUUUAAUGGCUUUUUCUGAGCAAUAAGGCUUCAUUUCCUUCUAUCGAACUCCUGAUUUGUUGACUUGGUAGUUUCCAUACCUAUCCAAAACAAUGGCCACAAUGAACCCCUUUGACCUGCUGGGUGACAAUGAUAACGAAGACCUUAGUCAGCUCGUCUCUGUUCAGCAGCCCAAGCUCGCUGACAAGCCUAAGAAAUCUGUGUCAACUCCUCAAGCUCAGUCAGCGGCCAAGCCGGCGCCGAAAUUUCCCACCAAGCCAACCCCUCCCACUCAAGCUGUGAGGGAUUCAAAGACUGAAAGUGGACGUGGUGGGGGCCGUGGCAGUCGUGGUCGUGGUUUUGGGCGUGGUGGAGGAGGUCGUGGCUAUGACCGAGAUUCAAGCAACAAUGACACAUUUGGUGGCAGUAAUGGAUUUUCUGGAGGAUACAAACCCUCUGAAGAGGGAGAAGAAGGAAAGCCAUCUGAAAGGCGUAGUUAUGGUGCUCCUCGUGGUUCCUUCCGUGGGGGUCGCCGUGGUGUCUUUGGCAAUGGAGAAUCUGGGGAAGGAGAUCGUCCACGUAGACAAUUUGAACGUCGCAGUGGGACAGGGCGUGGCAAUGAGAUUAAACGUGAUGGGGCUGGUCGUGGCAAUUGGGGAACUCCAGCUGAUGAAAUUGCACCGGAGACUGAAGAGCCUGUUGUUGAAAAUGAGAAGAAUGUGAGUGCUGACAAGCCUGCUGGUGAAGAAGAUGUGGGUGCCAAUAAGGAGAAUCCUGUGAAUGAGCAAGAAGAUAAGGAGCCUGAAGAAAAGGAAAUGACUUUGGACGUGUAUGAAAAGCUUCUUGAAGAGAAGAGGAAAGCUUUGCUUGCCUUGAAGACUGAGGAAAGGAAGGUUGAUGUGGACAAAGAGUUCAAGUCCAUGCAACCACUAUCAAGUAAGAAAAGCAAUGAUGACAUCUUUGUCAAACUGGGCUCUGAUAAGGACAAACGCAAAGAUGCUGCUGAUAAAGAAGAGAAAGCUAAGAAGUCUGUUAGCAUAAAUGAGUUCUUGAAACCUGCUGAAGGAGAGAGGUACUAUAACCCUGGCAGUCGUGGUCGAGGCCGUGGCCGUGGUUCAAGAGGUGGAUAUGGAGGCUACUCAUCCAGUAAUGUAGCAGCCCCAUCUAUUGAGGAUCCUGGACAUUUUCCCUCAUUGGGGGGCAAGUGAAACAUCAUCUCAUCUUCAGUACACCCUAAUGUUCCCCCAUUUGCACUCUUGUGAUCUAUUUAAGAGUCGUGUCAAGUCGAAGGUUAUUUAACAGGAAUCAUAUUUCCUGCAUAAAAAACCAUGGUGAAUGUUAAGUCUUCUUGAGUGUAAAUUUUAAGUCUUUGACGUGCAUGCAUACCCUUCUUUUUCAGCUUAAAUUAUUAGGGCAGAUGGGUCAUUAUUUCUUGUUGAACCGAGUAGUGGCAUCAGUUUUGGUUUUGUGGUAGGAUUUUAGAUCUUUUGAAUUUGAAUUUCUGCAUUCUGGUGUUUCUAAUGCUUUACUUUUAUUAAUGCGGCUACAGAAAUGAAUUCUUUUUUUGUUGACA